AUGAUGGCUCACGUGAUAUCACUGCUUCUGGCCAGUUUGGGGCAUACUUGCGAUCCAUUGUUGCCAAGACAGUCCCCACCACUCAAUAUACACGAUCUUCGCAUUGAUGAUUUCAAAGUUAUCAUGGCGAUGGGCGACAGCAUGACCGCCGGUUUCAACGGAGCCGCGAAAGCAGACAUGAAGGAGCAUCGCGGUCUUGGCUUUUCUAUUGGUGGCGACAGGAACGCAGUGACCUUGCCUAAUCUCAUAGCAGCAGUCAAAGGUAAUGGUGAGUUGGUGGGACCCUCGAUUGGUACCCUUUCAAAGCCAACGAUCAAUGGAACAUGCGCUGGAGCAGACGUAAGCGUUUGUCGCUUAGGCUCAGCUGUUGACGGCGCAGACCUCCAAGAUCUGAUUGAUUUGCAAAUCAAUUAUUUGAAUCAUACCCUCGGCACUGCGCCGUGGGCAGCAAACGUGAGCAUCCUUGAGGAUUGGAAACUGCUUACAAUUUUCUCCGGGCUGGACGACGCGGUGUUUUACAACACCACAGACACGCAUAAGCUACCCACAUCUCCAGAACUCUUUGCGACCAACUUGGACCGUUUGUUGCAUUCUGUAUAUGCAGUAUUUCCCAGAACUUUUGUGAACCUUGUGUUGUUACCAGAGAAUUUCCAGCCCAAGAUAACCACAGCGCAUCUGACUUGUAAGCUCUUCAAGUGGUACUCCGAGCAUGUGGGGAUCCACUGGACUGACACGCAUCUUUGGAUUGCGACCAUCAAGCGAUACAAUGAGAUUCUCAUUGAAGUUGCCAAUACAUGGAAUUUGAAGGGCAUGGGCGACUUUGGUGUGGCCCCUCAGCCCUUCAUGCAGGAGGCGCAGCUGGAGCUUAGCGACAUGGACAGUUUAGAUUGCUUCCAUCCAAACUUGGCAUCGCAUCAGGGCAUGGCAGUAGCUUUAUGGAAUAACAUGCAUGCAUCGUCCUACGCGGAGAAGUCGAGGGACUGGAAACAGCAGCAGAAUGCCACUUGUCCAAAACCCGCGUCACGGCUGGUUCUGAGUUCUGAGAGUAGCAUGUUGGUUGUCUGA